GUCACUGAGACUCCAUGACACAGUUAAGACUCAGUGCUUGUACACAUCAGCUGUGUUUUUGAUAUAUAUGGUAUAUAUAUUUAUAUAUUUAAUAUAUUUUGAUAUCGUUUUAUGUAACAUUUCAUGACUAAUUCAAUAAUUGUGCAUCUUCUGGAGUGAUCAGCUUCUACAGCAUUAUGGAAGAUGGACUUUCACUUAUGUUAAAUAUCGAAUAAGUUUUUUUACACAAAAUACUGCAGAUCUGCUGCCAUGGCCAGUUCGAGCGCCAUUGCCCACCUCACGGAUUCACCUCAGCUUCUAUCCACAGACCAGGAAGAGCAGAGCGAGGAGGAGCUAAAUUCACCUCAAUCAGAUCUUCAAGCACUUUCCAAUGUGAAUAACAGUAACAACAAUGAAGAGGAGAAAAAGAAAAAAAGGAAAAAGGACAAAAAAGAGAAGAAGGAAAAGAAGAAGAAUAAAAAAGAAAAUGUAGAGAAGAAGGAGAAGGAAGAAUGUGAAGCAAAAGAGAAACUGGAAAAAGAAAAAGAAAUGGAAAAAGAAAAAGAAAUGGAAAAAGAAAAAGAAAAAGAAAAAGAAAAAGAAAAAGAAAAGAAAAAGAAAAAGAAAAAGAAACAAAGGCCCAAGGAAAUCUUCGUCAUUAAUCCCGCUGGGAAUCUUUAUUACAACUGGCUGCUCAUCAUCACGCUGCCAGUCAUGUACAACUGGACCAUGAUCAUAGCCAGGGCUUGCUUUGAGGAGCUGCAGUUUGACUACAUUGUGUACUGGAUUGUACUGGACUACACAUCAGACCUAAUGUAUCUUGCUGAUAUGGCUGUCAGGCUCAGAACAGGUUACCUUGAGCAAGGCCUCAUUGUCAAAGACGAGAAGCUGCUGCAUGAUCGUUACGUCGACAGCUUCCAGUUCCGCCUUGAUGUCCUCUCCGUGCUUCCCACCGACCUCUUCAUUUUCUACUUUGGCCUCUCGUACCCUGAAGUUCGCAUUAACAGGCUUCUGAAAAUCGGCCGCAUGAUGGAGUUUUUCGCGAGAACAGAGACUAAAACCAACUUCCCCAACAUCUUCCGCAUUGCAAAACUGAUCAUGUACAUCCUCAUUAUCAUCCACUGGAACGCCUGCUUCUACUUCUCCUUCUCCAAGGCCAUUGGUUUUGGGGCUGAUGACUGGGUCUACCCGGCUGUGGACAAUCCAGAGGAGCCAGAGUUUGGGGAGCUCAUGAGGAAAUAUGCAUUUAGCCUCUACUGGUCCACGCUAACCCUGACAACCAUAGGAGAAACGCCACCACCGGCUCUGGACUCAGAGUUUCUGUUCCAUGUAGUUGACUUCUUAGUGGGAGUCCUGAUCUUUGCUACCAUUGUGGGAAAUAUUGCCACCAUGAUCUCCAACAUGAACGCCGCCCAGGCUGAGUUUCAGGCCCGCAUUGACAACAUUAAGCAGUACAUGCAGGUCCGAAAAGUCGGCAAGGAACUUGAGGAGCGGGUCAUCAAGUGGUUUGACUACCUGUGGAAUAACGGCAAGGCGCAGGAUGAACGAGAAGUUCUGCGAUAUCUACCAGACAAGCUCAAGGCUGAAAUUGCCAUUCAGGUCCACAUGGAUACGCUGCAAAAGGUCCGAAUCUUUGCGGACUGUGAAGCAGGCCUGCUGAUUGAGCUGGUGCUCAAGCUGCGACCACAGGUGUUCAGCCCUCACGACUACAUCUGCAAGAAGGGCGACAUCGGUCGCGAGAUGUAUAUUGUGAAAGACGGAAAGCUCGCGGUGGUCGCUGACGAUGGCGUCACACAGUUUGUGGUCCUGGGAAGCGGCAGCUAUUUCGGUGAGAUCAGUAUCCUUAAUAUCAAAGGCAGCAAAGCAGGGAACAGAAGGACAGCCAACAUCCGCAGUAUUGGAUACUCCGAGCUUUUCUGUCUGUCCAAGGACGACCUGAUGGAGUCACUGAUAGAGUACCCAGACGCCAAAAGCAUGCUAGAGGAGAAAGGCCGGCAGAUUCUGAUGAAAGACGGUCUGAUAGAGUUGGACCCAGCAAACAUCAUGCCUGAGGUCCAGGAGCUGGAGGGGAAGGUCAACAAAUUGUACAAUACAAUGGCACUGACGCAAACCAAGCUGAACAAGGUUCUGGGAAACUACAAUUACAGCGACGAAGCCUUGGAAAAUCGCAUCACAGAUAUGGAACGACUAAUGGGAGAGAAGGAAGAAGAAGAAGAUCAGAAGGAAGAGACCGAGAAAAUGCCAGAGGAGGAAAAGGGAGAAUAGAAAGAGGUAGUUAAGAAGAAAGAUGAAGAAAGUCCAGAGGAAAAGAUAAAAUAAACAUACUUUAUAGCUCAAACACACUUUUUUAUACUGUAGCACUAUAGCACCUUUGACAUAAGUACACUUUUCUCCUCACAUCAAAUAUCAUUUUAACCAUUCAGUACAAGUGGCCAAUGACAAAACUGCCAUUUAAUACAAAUAUACAUAUACAACAUAUUUUUUUCAACUUUUCAUGACAUUUAGCAUUUGUUUUAUAAUAGGUUAUAAUAUAAAACCAAAGCACACUUUUUUGGCCAUUUAGGUCAAAAUAUAAACACUUACUGUUUUACAGUGAGCUAAUUAGCUUUUUUGCUAACACUAAAAAAAAGACUCUGCUCUAAGGUCUAAAUCCCAUUUUAUUCACUAACAGGUAAACGUCUCUAAAUCCGUCUAGAGUCCCUCCUGAGCUUCAGCCGCCUGCAUUAUUCAUGCCCGCCCGGACCAGCACAAGCGCUUCCCAAGCUACAAAAACAGAAUCAGAAUGCUGCCUCAUGAAUAACACAAACUGUCUGAAGCUCAAUCGUGACCUUACUGCGACGCGGUAAUGGCUGCCUCUGGAGACCGCACUGAGAAUCUAUGAAGUGGUCCGAUCCCAGAUCAUAAUCAAAAACAGCUUUUGCACAGUUGAGACUCAUUUCGCAGAACAGGAACUUAUUUAAAUGUCUCUGUAAUCAGUUUAAAUAUUCAAACAUCUGUGCGCUUGGUGCCGAUGUGUCUGAGAUGUUUGGGUAAAGUUAAGGUAACAAUGGUGGGAUCCAACCUGUCAAACAACUACAAUACCAGAUAACAUUAUUGUGAAGGUGCUACAGUCACUUCCUGGGAGUUGAAACGUGGGACGUGGGAGGUCCCACAUUAACACGUUCACAUUUUAACACUUCAACACAGCAGCGGAUUGAGACAAUCACAGCACAACUCCACAGAGACGCAAUUAGACCGAAACUGAUGGUGGCACCGCCAUCACGCAAGUGUCAAGUAAAGUGAAAAUCAAACUUAACGAACAACAGCGCUGUUUACAAAUGAACCAGAACUUGAUCUUCUCUUCUUCUGCCUCUCGGUACCAGGCCUUGAACAGCACAGACUGUGAGAAUUCAUCAGUCCGGAGGGGCUACUGCAAGUCACUGUGCAACGUAGAUUUAAUAAACGUUCAAUUCAACGCCUGCUGAAUUAUGAGCUACAGUGCACGUCAAUAUAGCCAGGGGGGCCUCAUCCAUCUACGCUGCUACGUCUGUAGACAGUGGAGCCGAGAGAAUGUCCCCACGAGUCCCCGCAACGCUGGUAUUUAGGUUUGCCAAAGUAAAGUCCAAGUGAAAGGAACAGGUCAGGAAAAAGCGGCCAACUUAAGAUCCCAAUUUGCCGAGAGCUCAAGGCGAGUGAUUUAUGAAAUACAUUAGUAUACAUUGUGUAUUGUUGUGGGUUUUUGUUUUUUCUGCUUUCUGCUUCUGUGCCGCCCUCUAUCCACCUGCUGUCUCCUCAACCUGAUGUCAUGUGCAUUUCUAGACUUUGCCUGGACUGUUUACUGUUUCCUUCGUCUGACUGCAUUUUCUUCAGUCGUCCUGUUGACCUGUCCUGUAAAAUAAAAAAUGUAUAAAAAUACUAGAAUACUAACUAACUCUAAUGUAGUGUAUUCUUUGCUAAGAAUUUUCCCACAAUGAGCUCACACAUUGUUGCUCUUGUCAGGACUUUAUAAGGGCACAUCUCCACUGCUAUUGUGCUGAGGAAACUACUUAAGAGUUUACAUUCAGAGUGUGAGGAUGACUGGGCAUGUGCUAUCGAUCUUUAUUUGUUGGUCUCGGAGCAUUGAUGUGACGCCAGAUACUAUUUGUUUGAAGUCCAAACCAAGAAGACAAACAGUCCGUGUGUGUCUGGCGUAGAUUAAUCAAUGAGUCACGCAAGUUGUACUUGAAUUGAGUUUUAAUUGAAAAGUUCAAAUGUCUUACUAUGUGAAGCAUUUAUAAUAAUAUAAUAAAUAUUUCAGUCUCUGUCAAUAUUUAAGGCUAAACACUUUAUAACCUUACUAAUAGUAAUGUCUAUUUUAGUUCAUUAUUUAAAAAAGGUUCUUUGGUCCAAAACAUCUGCUUACAAAGAGAAAAUCAGCAAAUCUUUAAGUCUUCAGGUAUUUAACGUCCACAGUUGACUUUAAAACAAUGAUGUGAAAUCAUAGAACUCCAAAUCUGCUUUGGUAUUUGUUACCUGGGACUGGGUCCG